AUGCCCGGAUUUGCUAAGUUUGUGAAAGACCCGCUUAUGAAGAAGAGGUCUUUUCAACAUGAGAUAAUGAAUUUAACUCAUCGUGUGAGUUCGAUUAUUACUUCCACCAUAAUUCAGUCGAAGGGAGAUUUGGGGGCGUUUACCAUUCCGUGUUAUAUUGGGCUUCAUGCCUUCGCCCGUGCUCUGUGUGAUAAUAGGGCGAGUAUCAACUUAAUGCCCCUUGCUAUUUUCAAACAAUCCGGAUUGGGAAUGCCUAGACCGACUUCUAUGCAAUUACAAAUGGCGGAUAGAUCUAUGAAGAAGCCAAUUGGGGUUAUAGAUGAUGUGUUGGUGCAAUUGGGUAAGUUCAUGUUGCCUGUUGAUUUUGUUAUUCUGGAUUGUAAAGUUGAUAAAGAUAUUCGCAUCAUCUUGGGAAGACCCUUCCUUGCUAUGGGCAGAGCACUUAUGGACUCUGAAAAGAAUAAAAUCAAGCUUCGAGUAAAUGAUGAAUAA